CGUAGUGUUUAACAUUCAUUCGAGCAACAGACAAAAAUCGCUCUCUCGCAUCAAAUACUUUCCGACACACACAAUUUUUUUUUGAUUAAUUUUGGUGCAAAAAAUGUGUUCAUUUGUUAAGAAAAUUUGUUGAUUAAAUAUUUUCCAUUGGAUAUUUAUUGAAUUGGAAUUGUUUGUGUACCGAAUUAUUCGGUAAAAUAGUUUUGGAUUCCAACAAAAGCAAAAUAUCAUCAAAAGUAGUGUGGAAAAAAAAUAGAGGGAAUAAAGGCCAUUUCUGCUUGUAUGGAAUUUUUUUUUCUUCGAUCGGCUUAAUCAGUGGACAAUACGGUGACCAAACAUUAUCAAAUCCCAUUGAUUCUUUCGUGUUUUUGGCUGAUUUACGAAAUUUUCACAAAUGUGCAAACAUAAUUUCAUAGCAUUUAUGCUAAUUAUGUCCCGGAGAUUUCAAGCGUUUCGUAUACGUUUUCGGUAGAGAGAAAGUGAAAAUAUAUCUGUCGGAGGUGUUGUUUGUUGCGUGCGAUUUCAAUAAACAUUGAAACAAUUGGCAGAAGACUAUGUUUUGAAGAUAAUAUAUUCAGUGUGUGUUGUGCGCGAGAGAUUGAAUGAAGAACGAAAUAACAUUGGAACAAUAUAAGCCAGCAGUGAAGGUUUUUUUUUGUUGUUUGAAUCGAAACACGUGUCAUAUUCAAAAGAGACGAAUUAUUUUUUUAAAUUUAAUUAGUCAGUAUUUUAAGUAAAGACGCUAUAAGCGAAAAGAAAGAAAAAAUGAACGGUUUUAGUACGGGGGAAGAGGACUCUCGUGGUCCCACAGAUCAAAUUUGUUGUUUAAUCGAUGAGAAUGAACGGUGUAGAAAUGCGGCCGGUAAUGCAUCGUACAGUAAACGCGUACAGAAAACUGUGACUUCGAGACGCCUAAAACUCAGCAUCGACCCACAGGCACAACAUAUAUACAUCUGUGACUAUCAUAAAGGACGAAUUCAAUGCGCUCGUUCGAAGCGGCGUCGGAAGGAAUCAGAAGACGACAGCAACGAAACAGACACCGAUGUACCAGAAGUUGAUCUAUAUCAACUGCAAGUGAACACACUUCGUCGCUAUAAAAAACACUAUAAAGUAGCCACCCGGCCUGGCAUGAAUAAGGCACAAUUGUCAGAUACAAUCAUGAAGCAUUUCAAAACAAUACCGAUCAAAGAAAAAGAGAUUCUUACCUACUUUAUCUAUAUGGUGAAAUCAAAUUCAAAUAAGCUCGACCAGAAGAACGGACUUGGAGGCAAUGACGGCACUUAAAUAUCACAUACAAAUUAUUUUCAUGUUGAUUUCUAUUGAUUUAUAAGUUUAUUAGCUGCUUAUAACAUUUUCCCCCCAAUUUUAUAUUGUAUAUUGUUUGAUCGAUUUCAUUUGUAUUCAUAAAAAAAGUAAAGAAAAAUCUAAAAAAAAAAAUUAUUCAAUCGCAAUUUGAUAACGCUCAAAUCUUCUCGUAGCAUUACAUCGAAUUAAUUGUGUAGUCUUUUUUUUCCUGAGCGUUUGUGAUUUCAGUUAUAAUUCGUGCAUUAAAGACUCAAAUCUCAGUUCAAAGCAAAUAAAGUCGACAACGCAAUCAUUUCCAUAUAUAGAACGUAAAAUUCUAAGAGAAAAUCUAUCCCAUACGAAAUUGUUGGUAUGAAAUUUUGUGCGAAAAAAAUUGUUUCAUUUUUGGGACGGUUAGGUUUUUAAUGAUUAGGGCAAAAUCGAACGAGAGAUAAAAUCGAUUAGAAUUAAAUGAAAACGCAUUAUAAAUUGUAGUAUCAAUAAACAAAAACGAUGAAAACAAAAAUCACUCAUAAAAUGAACUUAACUUGAAUUACGUUUCGGAAUUUGUAAUUUAUUUCAAGAAAAAUGAAAAAAAAAGAGAAAAUAACGGAUGAAUUUUAUCUUAACGAAUUAAAAACA